ACCUCUCCACAUAAAUAUUGUCAAUAUAUGUGAUGUGUCUCUACCUUUAUAUCCAUCGGACUGAAUAGCAGAGGUUUUUUCACUGCUGGCUCACCCUGAGGUUCAGAUACGGAAAAUGGAGAAGAUGUUGGUUGUGAUAUUAAUCCUUGCCAGUGCUUCAGGAAUCCUGACUCAGAGUGAUAUGAGUGGCAAGGUUUUCUUCAUCCCGCAAGCGAGCAGCACAUCUUACGUGCGUCUGUACCCAAUGAUGAAUGGUCCUUUUGCCAGUCUCACAGUUUGCCUGAAGUCACAUACAUCACUGACGCGGGAUUAUUCACUUUUCUCUUUGGCGACAGAAACCAAAGAGAAUGACUUCCUACUGUUUCAGGAGAAAAAAAACAAAAGGUUUUCUGUAUCAAUAGGCAACCAAGACUUGUAUUUUGAUAUACCUGGCAGUUCAGCAGUCAGGAGCAUCUGUGUGAGUUGGGAUUCUCUGACUGGAGAUGUGGUUGUAUGGGUCAAUGGCAAUCCAUCUCCUAGAAAGAUAUUUAUGAAAGGGUACAGAGUCAAUGCCAACCCCAUCAUAAUCAUUGGACAGGAACAGGAUAGUUAUGGUGGAAAGUUUGAUGCUGCUCAGUCCUUUGUUGGGGAGAUAAGUGAUGUUCACAUGUGGGAUAGAGUCCUGACCUCUCAGGAACUUAUGCAAGCACUGUAUAACAAGGACCUGGCUGGCAAUGUAAUUAACUGGCAAAGCUUAAGCUAUGAAACAAAAGAUGAAGCCAUUAUACUUCCACAAGUAUGUAAAAUAAAUUACAAACCUGAUUAUUGUUAUAAUCCUACAGAAGGACACCUCUAUGUAUAAUGAGCACCAUAACUGCCCUGUAGAUCUUACAGCAAAUGACACUUUUGAUCUUGUAACAAAUUUGUUAAAAUCAAUCUAACAUCUUCUGUCUUCCACCCACCUCAUCUCCUUGUGCAUACUAUGCGUUCAUAGACAAACAAUAAACAGGAAUGCAAAUAAAA